UAAAGGGCCGCGCGAUAGCGGCGGCUGGCGGGGAGGGGGGUUUAUUUAGUCCUGUGCUCGGAUCUCUUAGGCAACGCGCAAGUAUGCGCGGACGACCGCAGCCCGGCAGACGCCACAGCUAACGUCCUCUGGGAGAGCGCGAAGGGCAGCGCGGCGCUCCCAGCAUCCCGCGCGCGCGGGGGCGUGGCGCGACGUCAUCCACGCGCGCGGGCGCCGGAAGUGCGGUGUCGCCGCCGGGCGCCGCAGGCCCACGUGUGGAGCCCGGGAGCCGGCGCGGCAGGUCUGGCACUUGCAGAUAUCAACACAAUGAGCUUCGUGGCCUAUGAAGAGCUGAUCAAAGAGGGUGACACAGCUAUCUUGUCACUGGGUCAUGGUUCAAUGGUGGCAGUGCGCGUGCAGCGUGGGGCACAGACCCAGACCCGACACGGUGUCCUGCGGCAUUCAGUCGACCUCAUCGGCCGUCCCUUUGGCUCCAAGGUGAUCUGCAGCCGAGGCGGCUGGGUGUAUGUGCUGCACCCCACACCAGAACUCUGGACGCUGAACUUGCCUCACCGCACGCAGAUCCUCUACUCCACUGACAUCGCCCUGCUCACUAUGAUGCUGGAGCUGCGGCCUGGCUCCGUGGUCUGUGAGUCUGGCACUGGUAGUGGCUCUGUGUCCCAUGCCAUCAUCCGCAGCAUUGCCCCCACGGGCCACCUGCACACAGUGGAGUUUCACCAGCAGCGAGCAGACAAAGCCAGGGAGGAGUUCCGGGAGCAUCGUGUGGGCCACUGGGUGACCGUGCGCACCCAGGAUGUGUGCCGCAGUGGCUUUGGUGUGAGCCAUGUGGCUGAUGCUGUCUUCUUGGACAUCCCAUCACCAUGGGAGGCUGUGGGCCAUGCCUGGGAGGCCCUCAAGGUUGAAGGUGGUCGCUUCUGUUCCUUCUCCCCAUGCAUCGAGCAGGUGCAGCGCACGUGCCAGGCGCUGGCGGCCCACGGCUUCACGGAGCUGAGCACCCUGGAGGUGCUGCCACAGGUCUACCAUGUGCGCACUGUCAGCCUGCCCCUGCCUGACCUAGGAGCCGGCCACCCAGGGGCCAGCACAGACUCUCCUGCCAACCCUGAUGCCAGCCCCUUCCGCAGCGGCACGCCCAUGAAGGAGACUGUCGGCCACACAGGCUACCUGACUUUUGCCACCAAGACCCCAGGCUAACGGGUCCUGGGGGAGCACAAGGAGCUGGGAGCAUCCUGGGGCAGGCAGGAAGGCCAGAAGCCACCUUAUAUGGUUGCCUGCUGGGGCUUGUGUUUAGAAACUGACAGUGGGGCGGGGCUUCGGGCCUCUUGGGUGGCCAAAGUGGGUAGGCAAGGAGGAAUGGACAUUACCACCCUCUGUGGAGGGAGGACUUCCGCUCAUGUCCUUGCUGGGCUCAGUCUCUGGUCUGGCUGCUAUUUGCAGCCGGCAUGAAAACCUCACCGCCGUAGGUUCUCCUGGGUGUUGAGGCCAAGGAGUGCAGGAUGGGGUGACAGGGUCUGACCCCUUUCCCGGGUGGCCCUAUACAAGAAGGGGGUGGAGGAGGGUCAGAGCCUGCGCUGUCCCACAGGGGCUUGAGGCUGACCUGGAGAACGCUGCCCUGCCCACCUGCCUCUCCAAGUGCUGUGAGGACCUGGCUUACCCAGGACACUGGAGGCAACCCUGCUGUCUGCCCUCCAGGUUGACCCCACAGCCCUGGGUGCUACGCAGGCUCUGUGUGAGUGUCCCUGUGCUCAGACCUCAGGUGUUCUCUUACGUCCCCUGCCACCAACCCCCAGAAGGUUCAUUCUGCAGCCCUGGCCACCAGAGCCCCUUAGGGUUUUCUUUGGAGUCAUGCAGCAGCCUGACCUGCAGAGGAAUUGCCCAGUAGGAUGGUUACUUGCUUCCAGUGACCUGGUGGCUCCAUUUAGGAGCCAGGGUUUAAACCCCCAGCCUGUGCAACCCUAGACCUCUGAUGUCCCUGAUCCUCCCUGGGGACGAUUAGUCCAAUGGGGAGGCCGUCUCCCACGGAGGACACCCGUAUCACCACCUCACCACCUUUGGAAGACUGAGGGCAUGUUUCCCAAGGUGGGGAAAUGGAGGGUGGGCCACCAGGGCUUGAGGCACUGGUUGUCACCCCAGUGCAUGACCUUGAGCUUGUGUCCAGCUCUGAGGAGGGGUUGCCCUGCAUUUGCACUGGUGCAGAGCUAGCCAUCAGAGCCUCAGGUGCUGAACCAGCACAGUUGGCUCCUGUGUGUGCCUAACUGAGCAAUAAAUGUGCUGCCCC